GCGGCCCGCUAGGUGGCACUGAAACUGUCAUGGCGGACAAGGGUCAGAACGUGACUCCUUUGGGGGAUGAAAACGUUGAUAAACAGACCGAAAAUAAACAAUCGUCAUCUGAAGCAAAACCAGACGAAGACAGCGAACUAAAUGAUCUCCUAGAUAGUGCCUUGGAGGACUUUGACAAGACAGACCAGCCAGUUGCCAGGCAAGUGGGUGAUGGCAGUGAUGUUGACACCUCGUUACCAGCCCCUGCCGGUGGAGCAGGUGCCAUGCCCAGCCCGGCGGACAUAGCAAAAAUGUUCGGUGGAGGUCAAGGCCAGGACGAUGCUAUAUCGGAGGAGGUUGCAGAUGAGAUGGCCAACCAGUUUGAGGAGGCGAUGAAAGCGUUCAUGUCGCAGGACCCGGAUAUGAUGCAGCAGAUUGAGAAGUUGGCCGAUGCUGCUGGCAAUGCAGGGGACUCAGCAGAGGCCCAGCAAGAGUUUGCCAAGACCCUUGGACAGACACUGACGGGGAUGGCUGAGAACGCAGAGACGCUACAGCAACAAAUGUCAGAGGAGGAGCUAUCACAGGCCUUCACAAACAUGGGGGGAGGCGGUGGAGGGGCGGGGCCGGGCGGAGACAUGUUUCCCAUGAUGCACGGUAUGAUGAAGAUGUUGCUGUCCAAGGAUGUCCUAUACCCUUCUCUCAAGGAGAUAUCGGACAAGUACCCUAAAUGGCUGGAGGAGCACAAGGACACAGAGCCAGCCACGUCACUAGACACGUAUCGCCGCCAGCACCACCUCAUCUCCAGCAUCUGUGUGGAGUUUGAGGCGGAGACUCCUACCGAUACAGAGGAAAUCAAGUCCCAGCGCUUUGAGAAACUUAUGGACCUCAUGCAGAAGAUGCAAGAGUUGGGGCAGCCCCCAAAGGAAAUUGUUGGAGAGAUGGCACCAGGUUUAGAAUUUGAUGACAAUGGGAUGCCCAAGUUGCCGGGGAUGACAGACCAGUGUGUGAUCAUGUGAAGGAGCGACAGUAUUGACCCAUCCGUCUUUCCACUGUCAAAGGGAGACAAUUUGAGGUGCAAGCCCAGAGUUUUGUCCCUUGGAUCCAGCCAAUGAAGGACAGAUAUGUUGUGGUUGGAGACAGCUUAUUGUGUGUGUAUAUUUAAUGGUUGAAUGAGACUGUCAUACACGUGUGCAUGUGUCAAAGGAUGUUAUUGCUGCUGAAUAACGCUGGAUUAAAUGGAAGGAAUGGUGCACUGAAAACAGCUUGAUGACUGAUUGGUGUGAAAAUAUAUUUCUUCUUGACCAAAUCACCAAAGAAGUAGAUGAAACCAGGAGAGGAGUAAUAUCAGAAAUGAACAAUUAUCAUUCUUUUACACCGUCAAUAAAAUUAAUACUAUGUUUGAUUUCUGACCCAGCUAUCAUUAACACUGACAACCUCUCACACUUUAUACAGCUUGGAACUGCCUUCAUGCUUGUGGAUAAAACACCUGCUUAGACGGCAGUGUUGUAUCAUCACAUGUAUGAGAUCAGUCUUGUUAUUACUUUGCUGGCGCCUAGCAUGGAGGGGACAAAACAGACACCGGCUGGUUGUCAGUUAGACUAACACUUAAGCCCAUUUUACAUGCACAGUGAAUUCUCGUCUCUUGGCCUCAAGGGGAGACAACCAGGACUCGCUAGCUUGGUGUAUACUGUGUCCAAGUGGGUAUCUAUGCUGAACAGUGUCUUAGUGGGCUGGCACUGUAGAACUGGAAAAAGUUGAGACACAGAAGAUGAUGAUAAACCAUGUGCCACCUCUGGUUCAAGAGGGCACAACUUAGUCCUCUAGCUGUCCUCACACUUCAUUCAGCUGUGGUAGUUGUAGUAGUCACGAUAUAGUUCCACUUAUUAAACUGUUGGAUGUAAUUUAAACCUGACUUGAAGGUCCAGAAUAUUUAACCAAGGUCUUGUUCCUUUAUGAUCAACCCAGUCAGGCUCUCUUUUGUGGGUGUUAAGUUGGUGGUCUGUCUUUGGGUAAAAGUGUGGUGAAGAUUUAUCCCAGGUACUUCUAUAUCAUCACUGGCAAUUACUGAUGAAGUGCAGGUUACUUUUGCUUUAAAUAUAUCAUGAAAAUGAAGUUGCUGUCAAAUUGUUUUAUUCCCGAUAGUCAGACACAUGUUAUUGUCAUUAGAAACCACCGAUUGAUCGGGUACAACAAAGUUCCCACCAUAUUUAUGGCUCAUUAUAAUGUUGCAUUGUGAAGUCUGCUGUUAGAGAUACUCCAAUUUUAAAGGGAUAUUUUAUCUUAACAUAAAACACAAAAAUUAUUCUCACAAUAUAUCUUUUAAUAUAUUUAAAUAGAAUAUGCAUGGUUAUCACCCUCAAAGAGGAGUAGUUUGAGUGAGUGAGUGUGUACAUGCAUAUGAGUGUGAGUGCAUGCAUGUGCAUGUGAGUGCAUGCAAUACAUAUUGUAUAUUAUUACCAACGAGGACGAAAAUAUCGGGGUUCAUAUUUUUCAUACGAUGCCCUAAGGCAAAAUAUCACUUUCUCACGGUGACGUGACAUCAUGGACAAUGCUAUGACGUCACGUUUCUUCUGUGAAAUUUUGUUCUACAUGCGGCGAAGGCAGUUAGCCAGCCUAUGUUUGAAAGUAGAUUUGGGUUUAUUUUCCUCAAUUUGACGACUGCGAACAGAAUAUUAUAUUUGUGCCCAUAUCAUACUCUGUUUACAACACUCGUGCCUAUAUCCCUCGCUCUCACUCGGUGAAAUACCAACAUUUAGGCACUCGUGUCGUAAAUAUAGUAUGACAUGGGCACUCAUAUAAUAUCUUAUAUAUAUAUAUUGUGUUGAGAGAGGGAGAGAACCUACCACCUGUAUGUUUGGGAGAGAUGUGUGUUCCCCGAGUGUGUGCUACAGUAUUCAGUGGUGUAUAUAAUGCGGACUAAGCUAACAUUUGUGGCUUCAUGUUAAACCUGAAUGCAUCCAUUAUAUUAAUGGGACUGUAAACAUGAUAAACAGGAGAUACAAUA